AUGGAUGAUUUAACCAUCACGCGAGACAUUCAAGUGGAAGCAGCAAUAGACUUCAAGAAAGCAAGAAUGGAGUGGAGGUCUGUCAAAGCUUGGGUUUGCACUAACAAUCCAGAGGAGAAUCGCCGCAUGAAGAGGAAGCUCCUCGGCGCCGGCCUCAGGUGCAAUGAAUUUCCGGUGGCCAUCGAUUUUGUGGCAAGCCAUUCCACUUUUACAGCCUAUGUGGAUUUCUUUGCUGUAAAGAAAUCAGCUGCUCGCUCACUCCAAGAAGCCAAGUAG